AUGCCCAAGAAGGCCGAGGUCCUGCCCGCGCCGACGCACCUGCGCCGGCAGUUCCACGCGCGCAAGAACACGACACCACUCAAGACGGAGGCCCAUUCGACGGCCUUUGCGACGCAGCCACCGAGCCUCGCAUCGUGCAGCCUCCCGACGGCCGCCGACGCGACGCGGCAAGCUGCAGCGCGGACCGCAUGCAGCGUCGAGCCGCCCGAAGCUAGUUGA